UUUGGUACCUUCUUGAAGUACCAAAAGUACGGCACUUGGUGCGGUGGAAAAGCGUCCUUUAGUUGAGCGGUGAAUCGGACAGUUUUAUAGUGCUGUAAAUUUUGCUGUACAUCCUCCAUGCUUCUUCGGUGUAAUGGCUUCUUCUGUCAAAGCUCGGGGGAGAAACUGUGGAGCAUUUGCAGAGAGCCUAGGCCAGAUUGAGUCAAAUUGAACGUAUAUAUGCAGGAGUAAAUUGACUUCCAAUCACACUAUCUGGGUAUCUUAGUCUGACUUUGAGAAAUUCGAUUUAGUGCUAUUUCAGCUGGAGUAACAUGUUUACUUGUACUUUAAAAGUCGGGUUUUAGUCAGACUAACACAAUCAUUCAGUUUUCUCAGUGUGCAUGUAAACGUACUGACAGAAUACUCAACUGGUUGGUUUGAACAAAAUCUUAGUCUGGAUUUGUACUUUCUGGAUUUGAAGUUUCCACCUCUGAAUGUAUUGUACAAGACGGAUGUGAUAUAUUCUUGGGAUAAAGGCUGAGGGUCAAAGAAUGUAUUAUUGACUCUUAGGCCUCGAUUUCUCUCCAUAAGGCCAGCAUAGCGCCUAAACAGUGCAACCAAUAAAGAUGCUUAAAUAGAAAUGGGCGCUACACACUCUAGAUACAAUUUAGCCUUUCAAUAAGCCUUGGCAUAUGUUUUGAGCUUCAGUAGAGUCUUAUGGUUGGAAAUCAAGGCCUUUGUGUUGGUGAAUUGUUUUCCAGUGUUUUCACAUAGACACAUCAAAUGUUACAGUAACAUGACCUAAAUGUGAUGUCAUUCUAAUUCUAACUUAACUAGGGUGGAGCAACAUACGAUGCUCUCAGGUAACGUGUUACUGGUAGCACCUUCUGUUUCAGGGCCUAUGGCCCUCAAAUGGACUAAUGUCUUUGGAAUGCCAGGGAGGUGAACUUUGGCACGUCGGUGGACAAGCAUUUCAGUGACCUCUCUCAGCGCCUUAUGAGUAGGGCCACAGAAGAGACAGAGAGCGCAUAGCACGUGGUAGAGAAAGCCAAGAGCUUUUUCAGAUGUAUUUUAUGUAUGUAUGUGUGUGGGUAUGCAAUGAGUAUGCUGGAAAUUCAAGCUGAACACCCAGGACGAGGCUAUGAACUCAAAGGAAACAUUUGGGAAAUCGCACCCACUCAUUAGCUCAUUAGCUACAUGACGGCAAACUGGCGGGAUGCUCUGUUAAAUAAAUGUGGCCUUCAUUCAUCAUGGGCUGCUUGUCUGGAUCACCUUUAGCCAGCUUUAAUACCUAUGGGACACUGGUGGCCGGGUUCCACCUGAAGGACCAGCAGAGUGCAGCUCCUCGUUCUCUGCAGGCCUGGUGGUCGAAGUUCGUGCAAGAAGCCAAACAAAGCAGCUAAGGGUGCAAAGUAGGUCACACUUUUAACAGCACCUGGAAUCCAGCUUUAGUGAGCAUUUCUCACCUAUUUAUACCCCAGGGCCAGAGUGCAGACCCCGACCGUUGUGUAGGACUGUUAGUAUCUUCCUCCAGGGUGAUUGUGUGGUAGGGUGUGGUUAGGGUGAGACAGAGUGGAGUGAGGCAGGGUGGGGUGAGGCGUUGGUUCUGGAAUUAGCAGCAUUAAAAGCUUAAUACCCCCUUUUGUUGCCUUUCGUUCGGUUUCCCAUGGGAAUGAUGUUUGAACACCUCGUGGAUGAUGAUGAAACUUACAGCCAAUUAAUAGUUACCCUGCAUUUUUACGUACUGAGCCUGGAACCUCGUCAUGGUACGCUUCAGUAAUCAGGCGGAAAGCACAGAAUAACACAGACUGGAUAACAUUUAAACGAAAGCAGGCGAUCCUUUUUUCCAUUCAUGAACCUGGAGCACUAUUCUGUAACGACUUAAUCUUUCACCUGGAGAGGGGGCCGUUUCUCAGCAGAUAGACUUGUUGUGCUGUGUAUUCUGUAGUAGUUAGUAGUAUCUUUUUAUAGAGCACAUUUCUGGUUUGAACAUCAAACUGAAUACUGUGACAGUAAGUGGACCAAAUUAAAAAUACAUUUUUGGGUGCUAUGUGUCUUAUAUUCAUCCGGCAGAAAAUUUUCUUACUUGUCUGUUUAAGUGACAAGAAGUAUUGAUACAAACACAAAGUCCGGAUGAGCAACGACAAUCUCUAAAAGCUGUACUUUAAAAAAUAAUCCAAGCAUCACAUAUAUAUUAAGUAUGUAUAGAUUAAAAUGUGCAUGUUCAAAAUCACAGGGAUGAGCAGUGCAUCGCCCCCAUAAUAAUGAACCUUUUAUUUGCCAUCUAGACUGUCCUCUUCACUGACAUUAGCUCGCUUUGCCUGGUUUGACAGUUUAGCAGCUGAACACUGAGUAUCACUGACAACUUUAUGCAAUAGUGGUUAUAUUCAGCUGCUGGGGCUCGAUAUGUCUACUUUAAUUAAACUUUAAUAAACUUGCAAUACAUACUAUUUUCUGUAACUAGGGUCCUACGUGUUUUGGCAUUAGAUACAGUACAAACAUAUAAACAUAUACAACAUAACAUAAGAAUAUUUAGCGAUCGCUUUUUUGUUUGCGUAAAAAAACCAGCGAUUUAUAUGAUUCACAUGACUAGCAUUUAGACGGCUGUAUAAAAGUCAUGUAUUACAUUUGCUGGCUGCAUGAAAUGAACUUGCAGAAUAAACACGUCUGAGUGUGUGCGGUUCGAGGGGCAGUUUUGGUUUGAGUCAGCAGCAGCCCUGCUCCUAAUACCGUGACUGCGAGCUCGUUUUGGUGUGUGCACGAGCGUGUAGGUGGGUGUGUGUUUGUGUAUGCAUGUACAUACACAUGGGUACUUGUGGUGGCGGCGUGCCUUGCAAUGAGCAGCAGAUUCUUGACAGAUUUGACAUCGCAAAUGCGCUGAGAAGCGAAAAGCUUCAGAGAGCCAGCGGGUUAGUCGGUAGCCUCGCUCCUGCGACCUUUUUGGAGAUACACGUUAUUAUUCGAACAUAUUCUCGAGGAUGCUGUGUUUGCGAGGCAGUGGUGAAGUGCGUAGAGGUUCAGGAUCUGUGAGCCCACUUUGCAGUUUUGUGUGUUUCCUCACCAGCGAAGGAGCUCAUGACCUUUGUCUCGUACAACACAACUGCACAGGUUGUGAUGCCCUAAUGGGGAAAUCCGCAUCCUACCAAGCAGCGAGUGACUUCGUAUUCAGAGGAAAGCGGCCAAUGACCUUUCUUUCACAAUGUCACGGCAGAUAAGAGUCGCCCUUCUGCAUCCGUGCUUCCAGGAAGCACAUGUGACCUAAGUGUCCACAGUCCCUCCCCCGGGGUGCACAGAUGAACCGCCCUCCCAGCCCAGGUACAGAGCGCCUCCCUCCAAAGAAGAGGGAACCUAGGGAGAGGCCGGCAGAGGCCAGCUCCACCGACCACUGCUUCAAGGUGCCUGCACCCUACAGUGCACCCAUCAGGGGGAAAUCCAGCAGGCAGCCCGACUCCUAUGCUGAAUACCUUCCCCUGGCCCCUCCCCUGACACCAACCAACUUCCCAGUACCCUGGUACAUGUCUUGUCCCAUGAUGGCACCAAACCCCUUUCCCUUUGACCAAGAUGGCUUGUCUUCAUGGAGAGAGCAGAAUUCUGGGACCAGGCACCCGAUCCAUCCCAGACAGCCACAGUCCAGGUGGCCUCAUGCUCCAGCAGCACGCCCUCUAACUGGCUCCGCCUCCCAUGGCAUGGAAUACCCUUUCAGUGAUCCAUUUGCUCAUUCGGACCACAGGGUGACAUCACCUCUCAGGGUCCUGCCUUUAAAUAGUGAGAAAUACUUUUCAGAGUGGAGGCCCAAUGGUUUCCCUUGGAGGGAAGCUUGGAGUGAGGUCAAUCAGCCAUGCAAAGCAGGCCAGCUGGGUUCUCUGGCUAACAGUGAGAGGGCACUUCUCAUCAGCCAAGGUGGGCCAGCUCAGGACUGCCCCACCGCAAGCCUCCAAGACUCAUCUUCUUUGCAACAUGACAAGGACCCCCAGGUACAGUUCAGCACUGCCUCCCUUAGAAGGGAACCCAGUACUGCUGAAGACAAUCAUAACUCCCGUAGGCUGGUGCAUGUAUCACAAAAGCCACCCCAGAAGGCUGCUGAGCCAAGCCCCCAAGUCAUAACACCGCAUAGACUUGCAGGACUAUCCCCUGCUAUCCAUUCUCGGGACCUUCAGGAUGAGCGCUUGCAGCUGGCCAGGGCUGGAGACGGGCAAGAAACAAAGCAAUGGUGCAAACCCAGGGAUGCUAGCGGGGAGCUGCACCUAUCCAAGGCCCCGUCCCCCUUUGCAGGUGGUUCUCUUGUGGAACUAAGUGGUGGGAGACUGAAAAGGGUGGAGGAGCUGCAGACAGAGGACUUCCUGUUGUCGGGGAGCCCGAGGCCUGGGCUGUGCCUGAGCUCCUGCACAGUGCUGGGCAUCAGCCCCAGUGUGACUCCAGGGUACAUGCAUCUGCAGGUCCACCUAACCGACCACCUGACUCAGGAGUUACUGGAAGUCUUGCUGGAGUAUCCAUUCUUCGUAUGUGAACGGGGCUGGUCCUCUUGUGACCCUCAGAAAACAGCCUGUCUGUAUGGGCUCCGCUGCCGGCAGCUUGCUAUUGGGGAUGUGUGCUUCGCCCUCACACCUGCCCCGACCAAAACGCCGCCCUCGGCAGAGCCCACCAAGAGCCCCCCAAGCCCAGACACAUGUGCAGCACAGCCCCGGAAAAGGCACUGGUCAGCCCCAGAUGUCUUUGGAGAGGACAGGUCUCUGGUAGGUUCGCCUCAGAACUCAAAGCACAGGAAGAAGCAGUAGUUAAACUCACAUUUCAUCUCCAACAAGCCCUUCUCUCAAGCACUGCCACUGGGCAUGAAAGAUCUGUCUCUGUCUACUUCCCUCACUCUUUGCACAGGACUAGAUUGUCUCUUUCGAUCCUCCACUGUUUAUGCGUGCAGGUAAGGCGACGCGGGCCAGAAGCGCACUGCAAACUCAGGAUUAAAGCCUGCAGGCAGGGCGCUGUUCUUAGAAUGUAUCAUGUUGUAUUGCCAAGGAAGCAGCUCUUUGCACAUGACAGGAAGCAGCAGGGGGGUGGCAGUGGUGCAGGCCAGCCAGCAAUGGUGUUCUUCUAGGAUCAAAUUUACUCUGUUAGAGGUAUCAAUGAAGUGUUUGAUAUGUGAUCUAUAUUUGUAAUCUAUAUUAAAAAUGUUACUGAAGUCAUACAGAAAUGUAAAAGUGAUUUAUUUAUGUUCACAUCACUGUUUUUAUGGUCACUAUAGUUGUUUUUAGCCAAAAGCGCUGAGAUGAAUUUAUACUGCGAUAUCGUCGCGUGCGUAACGCAGUUGUAAUAAUGCGCAAUAUUUCCUCUCCCAUUUUCCACAAUGAAGCUAACGGUACGGAAGAGGAUUAGGGCCACCAUGAAAAUAUUAUUUGAAUUCUGACUUUAAUCUCAGAAUUCUGAGUUUAGAAAAAAAAGUCAGAAUUCUGAGAUUAAAGUCAGAAUUCUGAGAAAAAAAAAGUCAGAAUUCUGAGAUUAAAGUCAGAAUUCUGAGAAAAAAAGUCAGAAUUCAAAUAAUAUUUUCAUGGUGGCCAUAAUCCUCUUCCGUAUAAAGGAGAAAGAAGAAGCAAUCGCUUUUUGUCUUCUAAUGAAAGUGUAGCAUUGGCUGAUGCGCGGUUAGCCUCAGUUACGGUGCCGAUCCAGGUUUAGUGCGCAGUCGCUACUUUCAUGAGCCGUUUUGUGCUCGCGUGGAUCAAGGGAAAUAAGCGUGGAAUUCAGGGAUGGGAGUCCCCAGUGGACUCGAAAGAACUUUUUAGUAAUGUGCACUGGGAAAAUGCUAUUUUUCAUUUGAAAAAUGAAAUUGUAUAUUUUUAAACAAUGGAACUGUGUAACUGUGUUCGAAAUAAAUAAACUUUUAAAUACCA